AUGAUCCAGUACAAAAUUAACAUUAGUCGAGCUGACCGUUUUCGUAUGUUGACUGGCCAGACCGAUGGGAGUGAAGUCCGUGUGCAAGAGUUGAAACCAUGUGUCUAUCACACCGUGGUCGUGGAAACUAAGCUUGGCAAUAAUACGGAGGUCUAUCAGAACGCCCAAUGUGGGGUUGUUUUACUGGACGCACAAGCGCCACUACGUAAAAUAACCGUGGAAUCUUUAGUUGGAGGUACGAAUCAAGUGCUACGCUGGAAACGACCAUACUGGCGGUCCGCUGAGUGUUAUGAACGAUAUCGUGUAAAUGUGACUGAGAAAGGUCUUCCACUGCGGUCACUGAUGUUCUACUCCGAUGGGCCCCAUUUAAUUGAGAACCUGAAACCAUCGACGGAAUACCGGUACACAAUUGAACCUAUGUGGGAUACCAUUGCCGGUCCAACUGGUGAAAUAGUCUCCACCACCAGAGGAGAUACCGGUCGAGCGAAAUGUUUGUCCCCAAACAAUCAGAGCAUGCUCACCUAUUUUUCAGAUCAUCCAGCCACAACUAUAUACAAUCUACGAGUGCGGUCUGAAGCGCAGAGUUUGACUGUCACAUGGGAUGUUCAUGCGGAAAACAGACUAAAUUUGACCGCGUUUGCAGUUGGAAUCGGGGAUUUCUGGUCCCGCAUCUCUUCAGAACAACAACGAUACAGUGUGAAAUCGAUAAGAGAAUGCAGAAUUUACAAAAUUAUGGUCUACGCAAUAAUGAGACCCAGGACGAAUCAACCUUGGGAAGAAACGUUUGCAAGGCCGUUGGCUGCUGGUGGUAUGUGA